UGCAGCCGCGCCGGGGUUCCCAUGGAGACGCCCUGCGUCCUCUGAUGAGUGCCCUCUUAUCGGCGACAGUUGCCAUCGCGAUUGGUGCCGCCCUCCUCGCAGCGCUCCCGAGCUCGGUCGCUUUGCGGGCGACUGUCCCCUCCUGCACACCCCGCACGCACCGCUGGCUAACGGGGGGCGCAGAUUGCUGGGAGAAGAUCCAAAGCAGUGAGUGAGGGAUCUCUAAUCUCGACCUGUCAUCUGCUGCCAUGGACCGAAGGUGCCGUCUCGUGCUUCACUCCAUUACUCCCAAGUGUUCUGGUUCCCAGCUGAGCAGCUCUGUGCAGAACAGCCAUUUUGAGCUACACACUCACCAUCUAUUGUUUUCCUCCAGAGGGAUCCCUGAAUACAUUGCACAGAUAGCCCAUCGAAGAUGUAGGUGAGGAAGAGGUGCUUUCCCCCUCUGCCUUGGAAUCGAAUGUCUCUGUCACAGACCAGGGCAUUUCUCUAAGGAAAUGGAUACAUCUUCCCAAAAAUACCCAGUCAAAAAGCGAGUGAAAAUUCAUCCCAACACAGUAACAGUGAAAUACACCUCUCAUUAUCCCCAGCCAGGAGAAGAGGGAUGUGAGGAUGUUAAUGAAGAUACUGGAGUAUUUAUGGAGGAUAAUCCUAAGAGAAGAUUGCUGAGUGAUGGGAAAAAGAGAGAAAACACUUUUUUUGGUACAAUAGACACCAAGCCAGCACAACUGCCAAAACCUGAUGAGGCUGGAGAAUCCCAGCAGUUUCCUGAAGGAAAUGUACUGCAGUCCAGGAAAACGUGGGCAGUCCUUUUUGGGUCUGCCGUGGCUCAUGGCUGUGUGGCUCUGAUCACAAGGUUAAUUUCUGACCGUUCCAAGGUGCCAUCUCUGGAGCUGAUUUUCAUCCGCUCGGUGCUGCAGGUGCUGUCCCUCAUUGCUGUGUGCUACCACCACGAGCCUCCCUUCGGCCCCAAAGGCUACAGGCUCCGGCUCUUCCUCUAUGGGGUCUGCAACGUCAUCUCCAUCACCUGUGCCUACACCUCCUUCUCCAUAGUGCCCCCCAGCAAUGGGACCAUCAUGUGGAGGGCCACCACCACGGUGUUCAGUGCCAUUCUGGCUUUUCUACUCAUAGAUGAAGGAAUGGCUUAUAUAGACGUGCUCACUGUCAUGGGCAGUGUGUGCGGGGUGUGUCUGGUCAUGAUCCCCAACAUUGUUAAGGAGGAAAACUCUUUGCUGAGCACCUGGAAAGAAGCUUUUGGCUAUACCAUGACUGUCAUGGCUGGUCUGACCACUGCCCUCUCCAUGAUAAUCUACAGGUCCAUCAAAGACAACAUCAGCAUGUGGACAGCGCUGUUCACUUUCAGCUGGACGGGAACAGUGUGGGGAGUGUCCACCAUGUUCCUGCUCCAGGAGCCAAUCGUCCCACUGGAUGGGGAAACCUGGAGCUAUCUCCUUGCCAUCUGCCUGUGCUCCACUGCAGCCUUCCUGGGCGUCUACCAUGCCCUGGGCAAGUUCCACCCCGCUCUGGUGAGCACUGUGCAGCACCUGGAGAUCGUCAUUGCCAUGGUCCUGCAGCUGCUCGUGCUGCACAGCUUCCCAGGUACUUGUGAUCUAGUCGGGGCAAUGCUUAUUUUGGUGAGUGUUUUUUUCCUUGCGUGUUAUAAGCUUUCCUGGAAGGAAUUAAGGCGGCAAGAUUAUCAGGAGAUUGUGGAUUUGCCCAGUAAAUGAAUGUCUGUUUUCAAUGUCUCAUUCUGGCUGUGACCAUGUGGAAGUGACUCCUUUCAAUUCCUGUGUCCAAGCCUGGUGGCCAGGCCCUCUCUCUACCAUUUCACUUCUCAGCUGAUGUAGCAAUGUUGGUAUUUCCAGGCUCCUGUGCUAGGUGGAUUUGUUCUGCUGCACACAACCAUUCUGUCAUACCCAGAAGAGUAGCACAGCCAGCACAGGCUGGCCCACUGAAAUGUGGGCCAAGCUCUUCUUGACCUUCUUUGGAUAAAGCAAUACAGAGGGACUCAAAAGUGACUCUCAUUCAUGCGUGCUGUGGUAGCAGGAAGAUGAGCAGCAAAACCAUUAAAACAGUCAAACCAAAUUGUCAUUUACUCUGUAAUGCUUCUUAAGCUUUGGCUGUCAUAUUCUAAAUGGAGCAAUGCUGAAUUUUUGUGGCUAAAACUUGCAUUUCCUGUGUGUAUAAAGAAGUCAGUAAAGCUU